AUGAAGGUGGUGCCAAGCCUCCUGCUCUCCGUCCUCCUGGCACAGGUGUGGUUGGUACCCGGCUUGGCCCCCAGUCCUCAGUCGCCAGAGGCCCCGGCCCCUCAGAACCAGACCAGCGGGGUAGUGCAGGCUCCCAGGGAGGAAGAGGAGGAUGAGGAGGAGGCCAGCGAGAAGGCCAGUGAGGAGGAGAAAGCCUGGCUGAUAGCUAGUGGGCAGCAGCUUGCCAAGGAGACUUCAAACUUCGGAUUCAGCUUGCUGCGAAAGAUCUCCAUGAGGCACGAUGGCAACAUGGUCUUCUCUCCAUUUGGCGUGUCCUUGGCCAUGGCAGGUUUGAUGCUGGGGGCCACAGGGCCGACCAAAGCCCAGAUCAAGACAGGGCUCCACUUGCAGGCCCUGAACCCCACCAAGCCCGGGCUCCUGCCCUCCCUCUUUAAGGGACUCAGAGAGACCCUCUCCCACAACUUGGAACUGGGCCUCACACAGGGGAGUUUUGCCUUCAUCCACAAGGAUUUUGAUGUCAAAGAGCUCUUCCUCAAUUUAUCCAAGAGGUAUUUUGAUACAGAGUGUGUGCUUAUGAAUUUUCACAAUGCCUCACAGGCCAAAAGGCUCAUGAAUCAUUACAUUAACAAAGAGACUCAGGGGAAAAUUCCCAAACUGUUUGACGAGAUUUAUCCUGAAACCAAAUUAAUUCUUGUGGAUUACAUCUGGUUCAAAGGGAAAUGGCUGACCCCAUUUGACCCUGUCUUCACCGAAGCCGACACUUUCCACCUAGACAAGUACAAGACCAUUAAGGUGCCCAUGAUGUAUGGUGCAGGCAAGUUUGCCUCCACCUUUGACAAGAAUUUUCAUUGUCAUGUCCUCAAACUGCCCUACCAAGGAAAUGCCACCAUGCUGGUGGUCCUCAUGGAGAAAAUGGGUGACCACCUCGCUCUUGAAGACUACUUGACCACAGACUUGGUGGAGACAUGGCUCAGAAACAUGAAAACCAGAAACAUGGAAGUUUUCUUUCCAAAGUUCAAGCUAGAUCAGAAGUAUGAGAUGCAUGAGCUGCUUAAGCAGAUGGGAAUCAGAAGAAUCUUCUCACCCUGGGCUGACCUUAGUGAACUCUCAGCUACUGGAAGAAAUCUCCAAGUAUCCAGGGUGUUACAAAGAACAGUGAUUGAAGUUGAUGAAAGGGGCACUGAGGCAGUGGCAGGAACCUUGUCAGAAAUUAUUGCUUAUUCCAUGCCUCCUGUCAUCAAAGUGAACCGGCCAUUUCAUUUCAUGAUCUAUGAAGAAACCUCUGGAAUGCUUCUGUUUCUGGGAAGGAUGGUGAAUCCGACUCUCCUAUAAUUCAGGACAUGCAUAAGCACUUCGUGCUGCAGUAGAUGCUGAAUCUGAGGUAUCAAAUCCACACAAGAUACCAGCAAUGGAUGGCAGGGGAUAGUGUUCCUUUUGUUCUUAACUAGUUUAGGGUGUUCUCAAAUAUAGUAGUCCCCACUUAUCUGAGGGGUAUACAUUCAAAGACCCCCAGUGGAUGCCUGAAACGGUGGACAGUGCUGAACCUUAUAUAUAUUGUUUCCUACACAUACAUACCUAUGAUAAAGUUUAAUUUAUAAAUUAGGCACAGUAAGAGAUUAACAACAGUAAUAACAACAUUAAGUAAAAUAAGUUACUUGAAUGCAGGCACUGCAAUACCCUAACAGUCAAACUGACAUUGGGCAAGGGGAGAAUUCACAUCCUGGGUGGGACAGAGCAGGACGAUGCAAGAUUCUAUCCCACUACUCAGAAUGGCAUGCCACUUAAAACUUUUAGAUUGUUUAUUUCUGGAAUUUUUUAUUUAAUGUUUUCAGACCAUGGUUGACCAUAGUUAACUGAGACUACAGAAAGCAAAACCAUGGAUAAGGGAGGACUACUACAAAAGCAUUACAUUGAUUUUUUUUUAA